GCGUAAAGCCCCGUACGUAAAAAAAAUAAAGAAAAAUAUGUCGUCCUUGUGCAGCUGUUGACGUGGUUCUAAAUCCUGCGCUAAAUGCCCCUCCAGUAUACUUUGAAACCUGAGGAUCGAAGUGCGUAUCACGGGCACCCAGCGAUUCCCGUUGCGCUGUUGCUAUUGUUAUUAGUGCUUUCAUUGUUGUUACUGCAACGCGGGUGUUAUGGUAUCCUGAGGAUUGCUGUGCGGUAAUACGAAAUGACGAUCAAGUGCUGCCAUACCCUGGUUGUGCUGUAGUUGCGCGGUGGGAAUCGGCACUGGCUGUUGUCGCUUGGUUCGUCGAGCGGCGGCUGUUCGCUGAGCCCUCACCUCGGAAUUUGCCUGGCGUCGCCGCUGUGUUUCGCGAGCCAGCACUCGCUGACGCUCUUGCUAGGCGGGGAUCCAUGAACCAUCUAAAGAGCCUGCUUUACGGUGUGCCAAGUGGGAUCUUGGUAUUCCUAAUAAUUCAUUUCACUUGGAGGCAGGACUACGCGAGUAAGCUUGCUUUUGCGCCGUCAGAAUUAUUUAGGAAGGAAGGAAAUGGGAGCGCAAGAGAACACAAAGAAUCCACGAACGGCAGUCAAAACCACAUAUGGUUCCUGGAAACAUCCUAUAAAAGUGAGACUGACCGCAAGGGAAGCCUGCAGCAUCGAGUCAGCUUGCCGGCACAACCGAAAUCACACCGUGCAUCUGCUUUCUACCGGAAACAUCAGCUCACGCGGAUGUCCCUACCAUCGCCUCGUCUCGCAAUUACCGAACUUUCAGUCAUCGGUACUGAACGCGAGCGCAGAACUCGCGGGUACACCGUUGGCACCGCUGCAUGCCGAAGGUGGAGCGCUACAUCGAAGCCCAUACGUUGCGGUGCAUCUUAGUGAUUUCCUCCGGUACGUGGUGCUCUGGAAUCGCGGCGGUGUUUAUUUGGACACGGACGUGAUAGUAAUGAAGUCGCUGAAAGGAUUCAGCAAUGGCGCAUUCUACCAGUCGAGGAAUGACAGCGACUCUGUGGCGAACGGUAUACUGUUCUUCGACAAGCAGAGCACCGUCCUCGAAGCCCUCAUCGCUAAGUGCGCUCGUGUGUACAGUCCUUGGAGGUGGACCUCAUGCGGGCUUGCGCUGAUAUCAGCGCUCGCUUUCGACUCUGCCUAUUCUCGCCGCCUCAACUUGUUUAACGAGUCCGUGUUCUUCGCUGUUCCGCAUAGAAAAUGGGAGACCCUGUUUGAACCCGAAAGUGCGCCUGAGGUGUUGAGAGCGAUAAACGGUAGCUACGGUGUCCACUUCUGGAACGACCUUAGCAAACACAGACGAGUGGUCACUGGAUCUGGCUCAGCUAUGGACGUUCUCGCUCGUACCCAUUGCCCCUUCGUGUAUAAGCUGGCCUCUCUUGAGGGCCACUUCUGAAUAUACUUGGUGCCCAGAAGUGCUACCGUGCUGUGAAUCUGUCGAAAAAAUACCCCAAUUCAAGCGGCGAAGAUUGUUAGCUUGGGGGACACGUUGGUUAGUGCGCCGUCAAUCGAUCUCAAAAAAAAAAUAAUUUGGUUUAAUAAACUUCACACACAGGGUGACUCGACGUGGAUGUCACUCUAGAACGGUCUCUUCUGGACACUUUUAUUUUAAACUUUGUAGCGUGAGCUG